AUGGCUCCGGCCGAGGCCGAGCUCACCCAAUUCUCCAACGGCGAGACGAGCGUCCGCAUCCUCACCAGCGUGCGCGAGAAGGACGUCUUUGUCGUGCAGUCCGGCAGCCCCAAGAUCAACGACACCAUCAUGGAGCUGCUCAUCAUGAUCUCGGCCUGCAAGGGAGGCUCGGCGAGCAAAGUCACUGCUGUCCUGCCAUACUUCCCAUACAGUCGCCAGUCCAAGAAGAAGUCGCAUAGAGGAGCGAUUACUGCACGGAUGUUGGCCAACCUCCUUGGGGUUGCGGGUGUUAAGCACAUUGUCACGGUCGAUCUGCACGCGUCACAAAUGCAGGGCUUUUUCAAGUGCCCGGUGGACAACCUUCACGCCGAGCCGCUGAUUGCUCGCUGGAUCAGACACAAUGUGCCAGACUGGAAGGAGGCGGUGGUGGUGUCCAAGAACGCCGGCGGCACCAAGCGUGUCACGUCUCUUGCCGACGCACUCAAGCUGAACUUUGGCAUGGUCAAGGAGGAGAUUCUCAAACCAAAAGUUGAGCACAUGAUCACGUUGGUGGGCGACGUGAAGGGCCGUUCGGUCUUCAUCGUGGACGAUAUGAUCGACAAGCCCGGCUCGUGGAUUGCUGCGGCCGAGACGGUACGGAAGCGUGGCAAGGCCGAGAAGGUGUACUGUAUUGCAACACAUGGUGUCUUUGGAGGCGAUUGCCUUGAGCAGAUGCAGGCUUGUGAUUGCAUCGACACCAUCGUGGUGACCAACAGCUAUCCGAUACCCGAAGAGAAGGCGCGCAAGGCCAGCAAGCUGGUGGUUCUCGAUCUGUCGUUCCUCCUGGCUGAGGCGAUUCGCAGAAACCACUACGGCGAGUCGAUGUCGCCACUGUUCCAGCAUGUCUUGGACUCGUAA